AUGCAGGCCCGGAGCAGUGGUCCGACCAUUCCACUUUCUCUGAGUGUACCCCCUGGGCUCGCCAGGGGAAGUCCCUCUACGAGCAGUAGCAGCGGAUCGACGAUUAGUGACGCUGCGGUCCUCACUCCGACGGAUGACUUCGAUGGCGAUGAGUUUCCACGUGUCGGCAUGGUCAGCGAGAACGUCCAAAGUGCGCUCGAGGCUUUGACUCUGAACGGCGGAGUUGAUGACGAAGAUGAGGAUGUGUACUACACUGUGGCUGACAGCGAAACCCUAGCGGGCGACGCCCUAGAGGCGAAAUACGCGACUAUCCUCGACAAGGAGGUGGAGGUGCGGUCACUCUGGAACGACUACGUCCCACCUGACGACGGCCUCGACGAGGACGACGAUGAAGAAGACGACGAAGGCAUAAAGAAGGCUGCCGCGAAGAAUCCCGAGCUCUGCAAAGUGCACCACAUCGUCUGCAAGAAGGGCAUCUGCCGUGACUACGCGAUCCAGCUCGCCCAGAAGCGCAAGCGCGACCGCCUGGAGGAGAUCCGCAAGGAGCGCGAGAAGGCGGCCGCAAAGCGCGAGAAGAAGAACGCAAGGCAGAACUUGUCCGGCACGAGCACUCCCAUGUCCGCGUCCGGGACUGCGAGCGGCGCGACGAGCCCAUCGGGCGCGCGUUCGCCCCCGCCGCACUUGCGCGCUGGAGCCCCACGCCAGCUCCCCCCGCACCUCAAACCUGGUGCGUCUGCUGCCGCCAUGCCCAGGUCCACGCCCGUCUCGCCUGUUGUAGAACAUGGCCGUGACGGACGAGUCACCCCGACGCCUUCGCGCCGACAAGACGACGAUGACGAUUCGCACUCGGUCGCGCCCUCGAGCGUCGGCUGGGGAAUCAUGUCCGACACGCCCUGGGGCCCCGAGGUGAAGCAGAAGGGGAACGACUGGGGGGUAACUCCGGUGAAGGCAGCUCCUCGCCGCAACCCCGCCCCUGUGUCGAACGUCAACGCUGCCGCGAGCAAUACGAAAGCAUGGGGCGCAUGGGGCAAGGCGCCGUCGAUCUCCGCGUCAUCUGUGCGGCGGAACAACGGUGGCUGGUCGAUUGGCUCGCGCACUGAGACUGGUGACGGUGACGAUGACUGGCCGACUGCUGGCCAAGUGAAGUCUGCCGCCCCGGCGCGCGCACCCGAUAGCCCCUGCCCUACCCGCGAAUUUGGCGCGUGGGGCAAGGCCCCAUCCAUCUCUGCGUCGUCGGUACGUCGGAACCACGACAGUUGGUCUAACAGCGGCCGGAGCAUCAGCGACAACGGGGAAACUCGGUCCGUCGCGGCGAGCGAGGGUGCUGGUUGGGGUGCAAACGCUGGCGUCAAUGCCGACGCCAACACUGACGGGCCGUGGGGUAGCACAGACGCGGUCAAGGCUGCGAGGGCAACGAGGGUAGCGGGGAGCAACGUCGACGGGAGGAAGAAGACAUGGGCGGAGUUGGUGGACGACGAGUUGGACGGGCUCGAUGGGCGGUCUGUCGCUGCGAGCACAGAGAGCGGCCAGACGUGGGGGAACGUUAGUGCGGGCCCGUGGUGA